UAUAUCAUCAUGCUGCUAUGGAUUGUAGUGCCUUGUAGCUUGACAAUGGCUGAAUCUGUCAAGUUCGUUUCGAUAUUGAGGAAGCUCGAGAUGGAGUCUCACAAUGAUCGCAAGGUGGAUGGCAUGAUGAGUUUGAUGUGCCUGCAAUGUCAUCAUUUACCCGUGGAAUUUUCCGCAGUCGGAGUGUUCGAACUCAAUAUGUCUCUGCUCUACACCAUAUGGGGAGCGAUGACGACGUUCCUGGUGAUGUUGCUCCAGUUCGACAUUUAGUUCCAAAUCGACCGGUCUAAAUCCCCUGGCGUUUUAUUUUCUUUGCCGCCUUUCGACACUGUUCAUUUUUAUAUCCCCUCGGAGGAUUCGCGUUUCAAAGGUUCCCCAGACCGAUUGGCAGCAGCGCCGAAAUGAUAAUAUUUUGCAUUAAAAAGGGGAAAAAGAGUGCCGACAAAAAAGCCAGAGGAUCGGGGAUUUGAGCCGGCAGCGAAUAAUUAAAGACGAUUUAUUCGAUUUUUCUGU